AUGGAAAACUUUAAAAGGGACCUCAAACUCAAGUCGCUCAUGGCUGAAGACUAUGGGACUGCCGUAGAAGAGGUAUUCGACAAAUGUGUGGAAGAUAUGACAGAGCAUUACUGGGCCAAGCUGUUUAUGCUCAAAAAACAACAGGAUGCCGAGUACAAGAAAUUUCAAGAGGAGGUUGAGGUGUGGCGCAUACAAGGCAAACUGGAACUCAUUAACGAUCUCUUCAACAAUGAUUCAUUGAAGGAAGAGAAAGAGAAGUUGGAGUCGGAUCUCCUGCUUGCCCAGGCGAAGGCAAGUGAUGUUUAUGUACUGAAGAUCGAUUGGUUCGUACUCAACGAGCCACAGAUGUUUCAAAGACGUUUUCCUUUAACAAAGAAAAAGACUGUAGUUUCAGUUCCUUUACUUCCAGUUGUCAGUGAACUGAAUCAAGAAGAUAAAGAAUACAAGGAUGACGGUGAUCUGACCAAUAAAUGCCCUAAAUGUGGAGCUAUGUUUUGGUAUAAUGAAAGGGUUAGUAAGAGCAGGAAAACCAGAGUACCUGUCUUCACCAUGUGUUGUAUGCGAGGAAAAAUCAAGCUUCCUGUUCUGCAGGAACCACCAGCUCUUCUACAUGGUCUCCUUACUAAGAAUGAUCCUAUCAGCAAACAUUAUCAAGACAAUAUUAGGGCUCUAAAUAUGAUGUUCUCUUUCACAUCUCUUGGAGGGAAGAUUGAUAACUCAGUCAAUAUGGGUAAAGGUCCCAAGAUUUUUAAACUUCAUGGAGAGAAUUAUCACCUUAUUGGCAGUGUCAAACCAAGAGCCGAUGAACCAGCAAAGUUUCCACAAUUGUAUAUUCACGAUACAGAAAACGAAGUUCGGAAUCGGUUAUCAGCCUUGAGCGGGACUUCCGAAAACAGCAAGAUUAGAGAAGAUUUGGUUAAGGCUAUUAUGAACAUUCUAAGGGUCUCAAAUGUUCAUGUAAAGUCUUUCAGGAAUGCAAUGGACAGAUUUAAUAAUGAAGAAGAGCAGCAAGAGUUAUCUCUCAGGCUCAUUCACAGUCGUCUUAAAGAUGGUCGUGUCUACAAUCUACCUACUUCUUCUGAGGUCGCUGCUCUGGUUGUUGGAGAUUUUCAAGAAAACAUGGACAAACGUGACAUCAUUUUGGAGAAGAAUUCUGGAAAGCUUAAAAGGAUCAAUGAGUUGCAUCCUUGCUAUCUUCCACUUCAAUAUCCACUCAUAUUUCCAUAUGGAGAAGACGGCUUUCGUUUAGGUAUUCAGCAUGGAUACACGGGGAUCACUAAAAACAAAAAACCUAAUAUAAGUAUUAGGGAGUUCUUCGCAUACCGUAUUAUGGUCCGUGAGGGUGGGUCGCAGGUACUUCUACUCUCACGCCGGUUACUGCAACAAUUUCUGGUGGAUGCAUAUACUAUGAUAGAGAGUCAUCGUCUAAGGUACAUUCGGAAAAACCAGUCAAACCUCAGAACAUUGAAAUUUAGCAAGUUCGUACAGGCUGCACACGAUGGACAUUCUGAUGUGUCUAUUGAAGGAAAUCGUAUCUUCAUUCCAUCAUCAUUUACAGGAGGUCCCAGGUAUAUGCAUGAAACAUAUUUGGAUGCAAUGUCUGUAUGCAAAUACUUUGGAUUUCCGUCUCUAUUUAUAACCUUCACCUGUAAUCCUAAAUGGCCUGAGCUGACAAGAUUUUUUAAGAAGUAUAACCUCAAGUCAGAAGACAGACCAGAAUUGUGCUGUAGGCUUUUUAAAAUCAAACUUGACAGCUUGAUGGAUGAUCUAACAAAGAAGCACUUACUUGGAAAGACAGUCUCUGCGAUAUACACUAUCGAGUUUCAGAAAAGAGGUCUCCCACAUGCUCAUAUUCUUUUGUUCAUGGACUCUAACCACAAACUACCAGAUCCUGAAGAUAUAGACCGCAUCAUCUCAGCAGAAAUUCCUGAUAAAACCUUAGAGCCAAGAUUAUAUGAUGUUGUGAAGGACAUGAUGAUUCAUGGUCCAUGUGGUAAGGCUAAUAGAGUUUCUCCAUGUAUGCAAGAUGGCAAGUGUUCCAAAUUUUUUCCUCGAAAACAUGUCGAGAAGACCACUGUCGAUGCUCAAGGGUAUCAUGUUUAUAGGAGAAGAGACAAUGGGUGUUACAUUGAGAAGAAAAACAUUCCAUGUGAUAAUCGCUUUGUGGUGCCCUACAACAAGGAGUUAUUACUUGCGUAUAAUGCUCAUAUUAACGUGGAAUGGUGUAACCAGUCGCGGUCAAUUAAGUACUUAUUUAAAUACAUUAACAAAGGACAAGACCGUAUAACAGGAACUGUUACUCAGGCAUCUAAUGUUGAGCCGACUAUAGCAGGAACGGGUCACAAUACAGCAGCUGCAGAAGGUGACAACAACGGCGCCGUAGGUGAUGUGUCUGCUGCAGAGGAAGUGGAACCAACUAUAGAUGAAAUUAAAAAAUAUUUUGAUGCAAGGUAUAUAUCUGCUUGCGAGUCUUCAUGGAGGAUUCUAGCUUUCCCAACUCAAUACCGUUCAACACCCGUGGAGAAGCUUACAUUUCAUCUUGAGGGAGAACAACCAGUUGUUUACAAGCUAGGUGAUUCAGUUCAGAGUGUACUGGCUCGAGUGCAACAGACAAAGACUAUGUUUUUAGCUUGGUUUGAUUGUUGUGAUAGAUACCCUGAAGCUAGAGAAAUUACAUAUCCAGAAAUGCCCACCCGAUUUAUAUAUGAUGCUAAACAGAAGGUAUGGAACCCAAGGAAAAAAGGUUUUGCAGUAGGAAGGCUGACACACGUUGCUCCAAAUUCUGGCCAACGUUAUUAUCUUAGAGUACUGAUUACCAAGGUGAAGGGUGCCAGAUGCUAUGCUGAUAUCAGGACAGUUAAUGGUGUUGUCCUACCUACUUAUGAAGAUGCAUGUUAUGAGCUUGGUAUGUUGGAUGAUGACAAAGAGUAUAUUGAGGGUUUGAAAGAAUGUAGCUAUUGGGCAUCAGCAGGGUACGUACAUCAUACCUUUGCAAUGAUGUUGUUGUCUGGUUCGCUAUCUAUGCCCAAAUUAGUAUGGGAAUCAACCAGAGAUAUAUUAUCAGAAGAUGUUCUAUAUAUGGAGAGGAAGAAGCGUAAAUUUCCAGGUCUUAUAUUGAGCGAGGAGGAAGUGCUAAAUGCGACGUUAGUAUUAAUUGAGAAAAUCCUGCGCUCGAAAAAUAGUUCUCUGUAUAAUUGGGAUGCAAUGCCCAAACCCGUGCACGUUGACGACUCUUCUCAUGAGAACAAUCUUUUGCAAGAGGAGCUUAACUACUCGAGGGAAACACUGCGAGUUCAACACAAUGAGUGGAUUACACAGAUGACGGUCGAGCAAAGGUCAGUUUACGAUCAGAUACUGCGCUCUGUUCAUACUGGUGAUGGUGGAGUUUUUUUUGUAUACGGGUUUGGUGGAACAGAGAAAACAUUUAUGUGGAAUGUUCUUUCAGCUGCACUCCGAUCAAAGGGAGAUAUUGUUCUUAAUUGUGCAUCUAACGGUAUUGCAUCUUUGUUGCUGCCAGGUGGGAGGACCGCCCAUUCCAGAUUUGGAAUUCCUAUAAACCCACAUGAGUUUUCAACCUGCAACAUAGAACCUGGAAGUCAUCAGGCUGAAGUGGUUAGGCGGGCUUCUCUUAUAAUUUGGGACGAAGCACCUAUGAUGAGCAAACUUUGCUUUGAGGCUUUGGAUCGUACUUUAUGUGAUCUUAUGAAGACUACUGAUGGAAGACCUUUUGGUGGAAAAGUUGUUGUCUUUGGGGAUGAUUUCCGGCAAAUAAUACCAGUUAUUCCAGGAGGGAACCGAGCUGAUAUUGUUAUGGCAACGCUAAAUUCCUCCUAUUUAUGGAAGUACUGCAAAGUGCUAGAGCUAACAAAGAAUAUGCGGCUUUUUUCCGAGACAGAUCCUCAGAAAGCUGAGGAGAUUAAAGAAUUUUCUGACUGGAUUUUGGAUGUAGGUAACGGUAAAAUUAAUGAGCCAAAUAGUGGGGAAACUAUGAUUGAUAUUCCUAAAGAUCUGCUUAUUACCGAGUGCACUGAUCCGAUUGAAGCUAUUGCCUCUGCGGUUUAUGGCAAUGCUUUCAAAGAUUCUAAGGAUCCAUUGUUUUUCCAGGAAAGAGCUAUUUUGUGUCCUACCAACGAAGACGUUGAUGUUGUUAACAACUAUAUGCUUGAUCGUCUACCAGGUGAGGAGAUGACUUAUUUUAGUUCAGAUAGUGUUGACCCGUCUGACAUAAGAUGCAAGGAUGACUCUACCUUCUCUCCAGAGUUUCUGAACAGUAUCAAAGCAUCAGGCUUACCUAAUCAUGUUCUAAGGCUUAGGAUUGGUACACCAGUGAUGGUGCUAAGAAAUUUAGACCCUACGGAAGGUUUAUGUAAUGGAACAAGGUUGCAGAUUACUCAUCUUGGAAAACAUCUACUUCAAGCAAAAAUUAUUACCGGAACUCAAGUUGGAGAGAAGGUUUUUUUACACCGAAUCUUGAUAGAGCCUUCAGAUACCAAGCUUCCUUUUAAGAUGAGGCGUAGGCAGUUUCCUUUGAAAGUUGCGUUUGCUAUGACCAUCAACAAGAGCCAGGGUCAAACACUAUCUACUGUUGGUCUGUUCCUACCCCGAUCUGUUUUUUCACAUGGUCAAUUGUAUGUGGCUGUGUCAAGGGUUAAAUCUCGGAAGGGACUGAAGAUUUUGAUUACUGACAAGGAUGGAAAACCUCAAGAGUCAACCAUGAACAUAGUUUUCAAACAAGUUUUCCAAAAUCUCUUUGAUGAGUCGCAAUGA